UUGAACUUGUUUACAAUAAAUAUAAUUACUUGCAUAUUCAAGAGAGAGAAGAAGGAAGAAGUAAAGAGAAAGCUGAAGAAGAAGCCAUGGGAGUAUCAGCUCAAGUCAACUAUUUUUGGUUCCAUCUCUUUAUACUCUUUUUCUCUCUCUCCAUAUCCUCCAUUUAUGGAUCUGAGGAAGAUUGUGUGUAUACAGUUUAUGUUCGAACGAGUUCAAAAAUAAAAGCCGGAACUGAUUCAAUCAUCAGCUUGACUCUCUACGAUGCAGACGGCUACGGCAUUCGAAUCAAAAACUUGGAAGCUUGGGGUGGGCUUAUGGGCCCGGGUUACAACUAUUUCGAGAGAGGAAAUUUGGAUAUCUUCAGUGGCCGAGGCCCAUGUUUGACGGCGCCGAUCUGCAAAAUGAACUUGACUUCCGAUGGAACAGGUUCAGGCCAUGGAUGGUACUGUAACUACGUUGAGGUCACCGUCACCGGAAUCCAUAAGAAAUGUAAUCAACAGAAUUUUGAAGUGGAGCAAUGGAUCGCCACGGAUCAUUCACCUUAUCAGCUCACUUUCAUUAAGGAUCUCUGUAAAAAUACAAAGUCCGUUCAGAAUCUGUCUCUCUCCGGUGAGGAUCUGUCUAUUUCCGGUGAGAAUCUACCUGUUUCCGAUGUCGUUGUGAUGUAAUCAUUUAUUUGGCCUGAGUCCACAUUACUUUUUUAUUAUUAUUAUUGGAGUGUGAGUUUAAUCAGGGGUAGAAAAGACAAUUGGUAAGGGUUCGGCGUUGCGCUUGGUGUUUAUUGUUUUCGACAUGUAGUAGUUGCUUAUUAAUGAAUAAUAAUAAGGCCCAAUAUAUAUACUA